AUGAAAUUCUCGGCUGCUUUGAUUCUCUCUGUGGCUAGCUCCACGCUUGUCCAAGCCAUGCCCCAUGUCCACAGGAGGGCAGAACAGGACGAAGCCUGCACCACCACUGCCCACGCUCACCGCGCCGGCAAACGUGCUGUGGCCGUCGAAUACGUUUAUGAAACUGUCACUGUCGAUGGUAAGGGUGCUACUAUGUCGGUGCCAACUUUCACCACUUUGAGCAACCCCUCCGCUGGAUCGUCCGCACCUGUUGCGUCGUCUUCGUCUUCGUCGUCUUCGUCUUCGUCGUCGUCGUCUUCUGCGUCGGGAGCUUCCUCCAGCUCGAGCUCGGCUUACAGUGCCUCUUCGGUUACCCCCUCGAGCUCUGCUUCGUCUUCGACCUCUUCCUCGUCGACGUCGUCUUCGAGCUCUGCUGCACCAAGUUCGUCCUCGUCCGCGUCCUCGUCCGCAUCUUCGUCGUCUUCGUCCUCCUCUUCCAGCCAGGCUUCAGCAUCGGCCACUCACCCUGCAUCUUCUGGCGGCAUCAGCGGUGACCUAUCUGCCUUCUCCAACCCAUCCGAAGCCUUUCAGGACGGUACCAUUGCUUGCAGCGACUUCCCAUCUGGUCAAGGUGUUAUUUCUCUCGACUGGUUGGACUUCGGUGGCUGGUCUGGUAUUGAAAACUCGGACGGCUCCACUGGCGGUUCGUGCAAGGAAGGCUCUUACUGCUCUUACGCCUGUCAAUCUGGUAUGUCCAAGACUCAAUGGCCUUCCAACCAACCUAGCAACGGUGUUUCUGUUGGUGGCUUGUUGUGUAAGAACGGUUUCCUAUACCGUUCCAACACCGACGCCCAAUACUUGUGCGAAUGGGGAAUGGACAUGGCCGAUGUGGUCUCUGAAUUGAGCCAGGACGUUGCUAUUUGCAGAACCGACUACCCAGGUACUGAAAACAUGGUUAUCCCAACCUAUGUGAAGGCUGGCUCUUCUAUGCCCAUCACCGUUGUCGAUGAGGACAACUACUACCAAUGGAAGGGCAUGAAGACUUCCGCUCAGUUCUACGUCAACAACGCUGGCGUUUCUUUGGAAGAUGGUUGUGUCUGGGGUACUGAUGGCUCCGGCGUCGGAAACUGGGCCCCAUUGAACUUUGGCGGUGGUUACACCGACGGAAUCGCUUAUUUGGCCUUGAUUCCAAACCCAAACAACCACAGUCCUAUGAACUACAAUGUCAAGAUUGUUGCUGCCGAUUCUAACAGCAACGUCAUUGGCGAGUGUAAGUACGAAAACGGCAAGUUCAACGGUGGUUCCGACGGUUGCACUGUCUCUGUCACCAAGGGUAAGGCUAACUUCGUCUUGUACAACUGA